CUUAGAGAAUGGUGAAAAAUCGCGAGAAAACAUGCUUAACAAUAAAAGAAGACAACCUGCAGCGAACGCUGGCAUUGAUAUAACGAGGCGUAAGAGACAAAAUUACAAGUAGUGUAGAGAAAAAAUCGCUCUUUGCGAAAAAAAAUUUGGUGGCGAAUUGUCGGCGAUCCGAUGAGCAACAUAAACAUAAACACAGUGCCCAGGCCGAGUCCGAAUGCAAAUGGUAAUCCAGAUGCGAAUCUGAGUGUGAAUCCGAAUCGCAGUGUGGACUCCGACGAGGAGGAGGCGGAGGAGGGCGAUGGCCGGAUGAGCGACAGCGGAAGCCACACGGCCAGCAGCCAGCGGAGUCGCACGUCGAGCAGCAGCACCUCGGACUCCUCGAGCGGCUCGCCGGAGGAGGAGGAGGAUCCGAAUGGCGAGGACGAGGACCUAUCCGACCAGGAUGCGGCCAGUGGCUCGGAGACGGAGGACGACACCACCACCAGUCGCCAGUCGGACGAACUGGAGCUGGCGCAGCUCGGCGCAAGGGAUAUAUUCCGUUUGCCUCGCGGCCUCUGCGAAAAUUCGGCCAUUUUCCACGAGUUCUUCUCCCUGGAGACCUGGCAGCUGUUGCCCCACCAUCUCCAGGCCCGCCUGCAGCCCCUGCUGCCGGAUUUCUCGGGCCUGGUCUCUGGACAGGCGCAGGCCGGAGCCGAGCAGCAGCGCACCCUGGUGCAGCUAUUCAACGGUGGCCUCCAGCGAUUCGGGCAGUCGCCGCUGCUCCAGCUGCAGCGCCAAUUGGAGGAGGGCAACCUGCGACCGGAUGUCCUGCAGCUGCGGCGGAGCAUCCAGCACUCGGGCCGACGGGAGUUCCGCUUCCGCCAGGCCGAACGCCUCAGCCAGCUGGCCAAGGAGUUGUUCCUGUCCAGGGAGCAGCUGCUCCAGCACGCCUACUCCUCUGCCCCUCCUUCCGACGGCUCCUUUGGCAAGUACCUGCCCAGGUCAAGGCCCCGCAAGCGGAAGCCGCCCACGCUGUCCAUGGAGAACCCACUCUGCUCGCAGCGAGCCAAGAAACGCUACGCCCAGGAACUCCUCGGGCUCAGAAACGAGCUGGAGGCCAAGCCAGGCGACAUCAGUGCCGACGAGGAGGAGGAGGGCGAGGAAUGCGCCCAGCUGAUGGAGCGACUCGCCAAGGCGCCGCCGGAGUUCAAGCUGGAGGAGCCCAAGGCUCCGGAGCCUGUGGGUCCUGGCAGACCAUCGAAUGCGGCGGACAAGAAGUGCAUUUACAACACCUUCUUUAAGCGGCGACCAGGCGUGGACGACGACCUGGUGCUGCGCUCCACGCAGGCGGAGAGGAUCCCCCAGCUGAACGACAAGAACUUCAGGAAGUAUUUAAGGGACUACAAGCGCCGGAAAUUGGAGCAACCGGAGAGUCCCGAGUUCGAUACAUCGGAGGUGCGACUCCGCGACAUCUGCACUCGGGCCCAGUUCGUCGGCAGCUUUAAACCGGGUCGAAAGCCAAAAGCGCUCAUGGCACGCCUCAAUCCCGAUCCCCCUGCUCUGGUGCCCAUUGGAGUUGCGGCGACGAAGAGCGAGUUUGCGGAUGAGGAGACCAUGCUGCUGGACGAACCGCAGCAACUGUACGGCCGCCGAGCGCCCGAUGACCAACCGGAGGAGCACCUGCCGCCCAAGGAGUCCCAGCUUAUGCCAAAGAAAGCGAUACCUGCACCAGUUGUUCUUCCUCAUCCCGUGCCCAAGCUGGAGCCACUGAACACAGCCAACUCGAGUCCCGCGACGGCCAAUCUCUCGAGCAGUCCCGCUGCUGCUACAGCUGCUCCGGCUGCUCCGGCUGCUCCAAUAACUGGACACAUUACCGGUAGUCCCACCCGGGAAGCGCUGAUUCGCCCGCCAGCCUCGCCUCGCCCCGCCUCCUUCUUCUCACUGCUGCGGGAUCUGUUUGUCUCCACACCGCAGCACCGGCUGACCUACGGAGAGCUGCAAAUUCUGUUGUCCAGCUGGCGGGAAAUCAACUCAGAUGCCUCGAUACCCACGGGGGAGUGGCCACGAUUCGUGCCUGACUGGUCAAAGCUGCUCCAGUCGGCUGUUCACUUCCUUUCCGGUGACUUUGGCUCCGUUCCGGCGGACUAUGUGCCCUACAUUGAACACAAAACCCAGCUGGGCAUCUACCAGUGGAUAGGUGCUGGUCGGGAUUCAGAUGCACGACUCCUUAGCCUUUGCCAGUGCUGGCUGCGCACUCAAAGGGAGGAGCAGUCGCAACUGAGCCCUGUUCCGAACUCCAGUGCCCAUUUGGUGGAUGCAUCUCCUACUCCUCCGCCACGGUGUCCAACCACAUGGACUGUGCGCUCAGCCAGCCAGGCGGAGAUGCUGGAAUUCCAGCGGCAGGAGAGGAUACGCUUCGAGUACCCCCAUCGACCAUUCACCUAUCGCUUGAAUGGCUAUGAGAGCGUGGUGGGUCCAGUCAAAGGAAUCUACACUCAAAGUUUGCCACUGAACAAGGCCAGGGGUCAUGCUGUUAUGGUGGACGAUAGACCUCCCUUCGUCACCAUUCUCACCCUGGUGCGCGAUGCCACCGCGCGGCUGCCCAAUGGCGAGGGAACCCGCUCCGAGAUCUCCGAGCUGCUCAAGUGCUCCCAGUACAUCAGUCCGCAGGCGGCGGACAAUGUGUUGCAGACCAUCGUGAGUGGAGCCCUGGAUCGGAUGCACGGUGGUCAGGAUCCGUGCGUUAAGUACGAUGCCAGGCGCAAGAUCUGGAUUUACUUGCAUCGCAAUCGCAGCGAGGCGGAGUUCGAGAAAAUGCAUCGGCAUAAUCAAUCUUUAGUGAAGCAGAAGCAGCAGCAGAGGAAGCAGCUGGGCAGGCCAAAGAUGGCAGAUGGCAGUGAGGGAUCUGGGUUGGUUGAGGAGCAGCUACCCGCCUUGGUGCCAGCAGUGGUUUCUCCAAUUCCAGUGGGUGCUUCCCUGCAAGUGAAGAAACCCUUAACCAUUAAAUGCCCACCAGUGCCGCCCCUGAAAUACCACGUACCACCUGGCACGCCUACUGGUGGAGGAACCAUAGUAGCUGCCUCCCCCAGCCUAAAUCCGAAUCAAAGCCCCAUUCAGCAGGUGCAGAAAUCUCUGCUCCGGCCGGUGGGAGUGCUCAAUCCGGCUACAUCGCCUUCAACGCUUCAACGACAAGUGGGAACUCCUAAAGCGGGCAACUUUGCGAUAUCCAAGAUCAGUCCUACGCGGAAUACCACGCCCAUAUUGGUGUCCACUCCCAGUGGCUUGCAGACCGUGCAUGUCGCUACCACUCCAAACCAAGCCGUAGGAACCCCCGUGGGAAGUCCCACGGUGGCCAAGAAGCUGACCAUCAAGAAACCUGCUGUUGCCAGCAGCAAAAUAGGGAACUUUAUCAUCCCGCUGGAGCAGCAGCCAAGCAGCCAAGUACCGCAGCAGCAGGGUCAGCAUGGUCAGCAGGUGAAGGUGCAACCGAUUGCUGGAAAGCCGAAAGCUCUUACCAUCACCCCGCGUCCUCAGAUGCCGAAGAACAUUAUCCGGCUGCUGCCCGCUGGAAAUCCGGCUAUAGGCCAAGCCAAGCCAAACUCUGUGCAGAUCCUCGGACCCCGUGUGGUACCGCAAUCCCAGACAGUGCGACCUGUGCAGCAGAAGAUCGGCGCUGUGUCCAUUGUGGCCAGCAAACCGGUUACCAGCAGUGUGUCCGCUGCAGAAACUUCAAGUCCUGUGACCAUCAACACGAGUUCUCCUGUCACCGGGGGCGGAACCAUCGUGAAGAUGUCGCCCCAAGCAUUCGCCAGCCUGCAGCAGCAGCAGCAACAGCUGAAACAGAAGGUGAACAGUACCAAUCCUGCCCUGAACUCCCCGCAGCAAAGGAUCAUUGUGGGCAACACGGCCAUUUCCUCGAACAAAAAGAUCGUAUUCCAGUCGCUGACAAAGGCAGCACCCAAAAUACUCACCACAUCGCCCAGUGGCCCGGUGGCCAAGGCGACGACAAAUGUGUCGCCGCAGCAGCAGCAGAGAAUUGUGCUGCAGAACUUCAAGCAACCGGUGAUGGCCGCCAAUCAAUCCGGUACCUUAAAUGCCACGCGUGUGAUUCGGGCUACUCCGGCAACAGGUGUCGGAGGAAGUGGAUCAGUUGUGGGAGUGGGGAACUCCCAAACAGCCGGUCAAAUCAUCACUCUGGAUAGUCUGCUGCAAAAGCAACCUACUGGAGCUGGAAAGCUGCUCACCACGGCUGGCAACAAUAUCUUUCAGUUGGCCAGCUCGUCGGCGGGAAAUGUGAUUACCCUCAAUCCCAACCAGGCGACGACGAAGCAGUUGCCAACGAUGGCACGAAUUGUGAGUGCUACCAGCACUACCCAGGCGAAUGUGGUGCCCAAGAUUAUUGGGAAGACGACUGUGCUGCCGGGAAAACCACUUCUCCUUCACGCCAAGACGUUAAAGCAGCUGGGCGGCAGUGUGGCCACUACCCAGACCACCACAAGUGGAACCACGACCACAGCAGUGGGAGGAGCCAAUACGGCCGUGCGAACAGCGCAGAAUAUUGUGAUCGGCGGUCAGACGGUGAAGCUGCAGGGAGCGAUUUCCGCUCGAGGAACCGGUGCACCCGUUCAGACCGUCAUUAUGGGCAACCAACUUCUGCGAUUAGCCACCAGCAGCAGCAGCAACAGUGGAACCACUUCCUCUGGCGGCAUAGCGACGGCGCCCAAGACACUGCUAAUUGGAGCGGGAGGCACGCAAACGCUGCGCCUGGCCAAGAACGUACUGGUGGCCAACAAGCAACAGAUCACUAGCAGCGCCAGCAGCACUACGACAGCUUCUCCAGCGGCGACGGCUGGUAACAACAAUCUCGUAUUCGCCGUGCAAGGCAACGGCGGGCAGCUAUUCUUCACGCCCGGACUGCAGGGCAUGAACCUCAAGCCGCUGUCCAACCUAAAAGUGAUACCCAUGGCCACGGCGUCCACGGCAACUGGAGCGGCGGCGGCAGGUGGAAAAAUCUCCGUGACGACAGUGGCCGGCGAGACGGGAGCCAAGGCGCUGACCACCAAACUGAUCCCGGCCACGGUUCUCAAGACGGCCACUGGCAGCGGGAACUAGGAGGCUCGGAAGGAGAGCAGGAGGCUUGUUAACCACGUUGUUUACCCUUCCUCGGUUACACUUUCUACAAUCUUGUUUUAACCACGCGUGUAAUUUAUCUAUUUAGGCAGAAAGUUUGCAAAUAUUGCUUCGUACUAAGUAAAAACAGUGGACAGAC